AUGGCGGGGAUGGCGGCGGCGGUGGCGAAGGAGCGGGCGGUGACGGCGGGCGCGGGGCGGCACGACCGCGCUGUCCUCUACCUAGGCCAGAAUUUUGGGGCGCUACGGCAGGAGUGCCUGCAGGAGGGGCGGCUCUUCCAGGACCCCUCUUUCCCCGCCGGCCCCGCCGCCCUCGGCUAUCGGGAGCUGGGGCCCAGCUCCUCCAAGACCCGGGGCGUCGUCUGGCGCAGACCCACGGAGCUGUGUUCCAGCCCUCAGUUCAUAGCUGGUGGAGCCACUCGCACAGACAUCUGCCAAGGGGCCUUAGGGGACUGUUGGCUCCUGGCUGCUAUUGCCUCUCUAACCCUGAAUGAAGAAAUUCUGGCUCGUGUAGUUCCCAAAGACCAGAGCUUCCAGGAUAAAUAUGCAGGAAUUUUCCAUUUCCAGUUCUGGCAGUACGGGGAGUGGGUGGACGUUGUGGUGGACGACAGGCUGCCCACCAAGAAUGGGGAGCUGCUCUUUGUGCACUCGGCAGAGGGCAGCGAGUUCUGGAGCGCGCUGCUGGAGAAGGCCUAUGCCAAGCUGAAUGGCUCAUACGAGUCUCUGUCUGGUGGCACCACCACUGAAGGCUUUGAGGACUUCACUGGUGGAAUUGCUGAAUGGUAUGAGCUGCAGAAGGCACCACCCAACCUCUUCAAAAUCAUCCAGAAGGCUCUUCAGAAAGGCGCUCUCCUUGGCUGCUCCAUUGAUAUCACCAGCGCGGCAGAGACGGAGGCCGUCACUUCCCAGAAGCUGGUGAAAGGCCACGCAUACUCAGUCACCGGGGCAGAGGAGGUGAACUUCCGAGGAACGGUGCAGAAGUUGAUCAGAAUACGAAAUCCCUGGGGGGAGGUGGAGUGGACUGGAAAAUGGAACGACAACUGCCCAAACUGGAAUGGUGUUGACCCUGAGGUGCGGGAGCAGCUGACCAGGAGACAUGAAGAUGGGGAAUUUUGGAUGGCGUUCAAUGACUUCUUGAGACAUUACUCCCGCUUGGAGAUCUGCAACUUGACUCCAGAUACCCUGGCAAGUGACAGGUACAAGAAGUGGAGCCUUCUGAAGCUGGAUGGGAACUGGAGGCGAGGAGCCACUGCAGGGGGCUGCAGGAAUUACCCAAACACUUUCUGGAUGAAUCCACAGUAUUUAAUCAAGCUGGAGGAAGAAGAUGAGGAUCCUGAUGAUCCUGAGCGAGGUUGCACUUUCCUUGUUGGCCUGAUUCAGAAGCACCGGCGGAAGCAGAGAAAGAUGGGAGAAGACAUGCACACCAUUGGCUUUGCAAUUUAUGAGGUGCCCCCAGAGUUUUCUGGCCAGACAAAUAUUCAUCUGAGCAAAAACUUUUUCCUGACCCACAAAGCAAGAGAAAAAUCGAACACCUUUAUCAACCUCCGAGAAGUGCUGAACCGGUUUAAGCUCCCUGCAGGAGAAUAUAUCAUUGUGCCCUCAACCUUCGAACCCAACAAGAAUGGGGAUUUCUGCCUGCGGGUCUUCUCUGAAAAAAACGCACAGUCUACGGUUAUAGAUGAUGAAAUUGAGGCCAAUUUUGAAGAGACUGAGAUUACUGAAGAUGACAUUGAACCCAGCUUUAAAAAGCUUUUUGGACAGCUAGCAGGAAGUGAUGCAGAGAUCUCCGCCUUUGAACUGCGCAACAUCUUGAAUAAAGUCAUGGCUAAAUGCAAAGAUAUUAAAUCUGAUGGCUUCAGUAUUGAGACAUGCAAAAUAAUGGUUGACCUCUUAGAUAAUGAUGGGAGUGGUAAACUGGGACUGAAGGAAUUCCACACUCUCUGGACAAAGAUUCAGAAAUACCAGAAAAUUUACAGGGAAAUUGAUGUGGAUCGAUCUGGUACCAUGAAUUCAUAUGAGAUGAGGAGAGCACUGGAAGCUGCAGGGUUCAAACUGAACUGCCAGUUACAUCAAGUCAUUGUGGCACGUUUUGCAGAUGAAGACCUCAUCAUUGACUUUGAUAACUUUGUCCGGUGUUUGAUUCGGCUGGAAACAUUGUUCAAAAUGUUUAGAAAACUGGAUACUGAAAAAACUGGAACAAUAGAAUUGAACCUUAUAAAUUGGCUGUGCUUUACUGUCAUUUGAGCAGCUCAAAAGACUUCAAAGAAGCAAGAUCAGGUGAAGAUAAUCAAGCAAAAAUACAAGCAAUACCCUAACAUGAACAUGCCUUAACUUAUGCACAGCAAAUUUUGCACACAGCUAUAAGAAGGAAAACAAUCUAUUUCAACAAAUUAAGCUGCAACCUUAUUUCUAUGGGUCUGACAGUCUUUAUCUACUACUAUAUAUCCUCUGUACAAAAGCUUUAAUUCAGCAUAAAUCCUUAAUGCAACUUUUGAAAAUACUGCUAUGCUAAUAUAUUUGUAUUUAAGGUGUUUUACAUAGCUUCUAGAAGAAAGCUCAUUAUAAUUUGACAGUCUGGUUUAGUAAGUGUUUUUUGAAUAACAGCUCCACUCCACCCUGCCUAUCUGAAACUAGAAAAGGGAUGGUAUUGCAUACCUUUGAAUACAGGUGUUUAGGUAAGACAUUGAUCCCUUGUAGGCUUCCUGUCAAAGUCCCAGCAUUAUUCUUGUUCAGUAUUCUUUGAAGAAUUUGUGUAGCAAGUAAAUAUUUGACCAGACUUUCCCUGCUGACCGUUGAUGUGCCUAUAGCAGGAAGCUAUUGGCAACCAGACUCUUCCAAGAGAAAGCUCUUGCUCUCCAGUGGAAUCUUCAUUUGCUGUAUUUUAUCAUCCUUUUAAAUACAAGAAUGCAUUGAAAUAAAACCAGUAAAAAUAAGAAA